CUGAUAUCAGAGAGAGCAUUUUCUUUUCUUAAAAGAUUACAGUGCUCGUAGAAGAACCACUUUUUUAUUUCACUGUUGGUUCAUUGAUGUUCAUGGAAGAUAACAUUGUCAAGUUUAAGCAAGCAAUUGAUCCUUUACAACAGGUUUUUGUCAACCUUGAGUCCAUUCCUGAUCCGUUAUUUCGGGAUGAGACUGUAAAAUGUGCUAUAGCUGGGCUGAUGCGGGAUAUAAGAGGAAUUGCAAUGGCCAUACACAGUCGCAAGGCAUAUGGGUUUCUUUUUGAUUGGUUAUAUCCAGCACAUAUGCCUCUUCUUUUGAAAGCUAUUGCUACUUGGAUCGAUUGUCCAGAGGUGACAACUCCAUUGCUGAAAUUCUAUGCAGAGCUAGUUCUAAAUAAAUCCCAGCGCUUAACGUUUGCCCAAUCCUCUCCUAGUGGCAUACUGCUUUUCUGGGAAGUUAGCAAGUUGCUUGUUGCUUAUGGGUCUAGAAUUCUUGCUCUUUCUGGUCCAAAAGAUGUCUAUAGGACCAAAUACAAAGGAAUUUGGGUUUCUCUUUCCAUAUUAACAAGUGCAAUUGACGGCAACUAUGUCAAUUUUGGUGUGUUUGAGCUAUAUGGUGACAAGGCCCUUGAUGAUGCUCUUGAUAUCGCUUUCAAGAUGAUACUCUCAAUCCCUGUUGUUGAUUUAUUAGCAUACAGAAAGGUCUCCAGGGCUUACUUCAGUUUUAUAGAUAUUUUUUUCAGCAAGCUUAUAAAAUUUUCUUGUAACCUGGAUGGAACUACUUUCAAGAACAUUGUCACAUCCCUCCAUUCUGGCAUAAAGAAUAUAGAAUCAAACAUUGUUUCGCAGUGUGCUUCUGCAAUUAAUAGUUUGGCAACCUUCUAUUUUGAUCAUAUUAUGAUGGGAGAAUCGUCUGCUUCACCAGCUCUACUUAAUUUUGCUAAGCAUAUUUCAGAUUGUGCUGAUAUCUUUCUAGAUAUACUCAAGACUAUGUUUGAGAUAGUUUUAUUCGAAGACAAUACCUCCCAAUGGGGUAUUAGCAGAGCAAUGCUGAGUUUGAUUCUCAUAAGUGAAGAAAUGUACACAAAAUUCAAAACUGAAAUAGUGGCAUCACAGCCUGUGGAUCAACAGCAACGCCUUUUUCGCUGCUUUGAUAUUCUUAUGGAAGGUGUUACUCGAGAUUUAGAAUCGGUUAACAGGGAGAGGUUUACUCGAAAUCUUGGCAUGUCCCGGAAAGAAUUUCGUGAAAAAUGACUUAAAUCUCUCAAAUAUGUCCAAAGCAGUUAAGGGAUGAACUCGUAGUGACAUGUAGAUAGUUGUGCUAGCCUAUAAAACUGUAUAUUCUUGUUUUUCUACAAUUCCUUUCUGUAAAUGCCUGUUAAUGGCAUCUAUAUUUGAGAUAUGUUACACAGCUACAAGUUCAAACAUGAA